CGGGAGCGCGCCAGACGCCAAGCAGGCUGUGGCGUCGCGGCCCUUCUUGGCUGCUGCUUCUUCUCGGUCCCCGGCUGAGCCGCGCGUCGGAGAAGGGGAGGAAGGGGCUCCGACGGAGGCGAGACACGAUGGAUGAACCAAGAUGCUGAAGAGCACUUUGCCCUGAGGGACUGGAGCGUGAAAGGAACACAAAAUGAAAAUGCUUCCCGGUGUCGGCGUAUUUGGGACCGGGAGCUCGGCCCGUGUGCUGGUGCCUCUGCUGAGAGCAGAAGGCUUCUCCAUUGAAGCUCUAUGGGGGAAGACUGAAGAGGAAGCCAAACAGCUAGCUGAGGAAAUGAACAUUUCCUUCUACACAAGUCGAACAGAUGAUGUUUUGCUGCACCAGGAUGUAGAUCUGGUUUGCAUCAACAUUCCCCCACCGCUAACGCGACAAAUUGCAGUGAAGGCUCUAGGAAUUGGAAAGAAUGUAAUCUGUGAGAAAGCCGCUACCUCUCUCGAUGCUUUUAGGAUGGUCACGGCUGCUAGGUAUUACCCCAAACUCAUGAGCAUUGUGGGCAACGCUCUGCGCUUUCUACCCGCGUUUGUCAGAAUGAAGCAGUUACUCGACGAACACUAUGUCGGCAGCAUCCUGGUCUGUGACGUGCGAGUGUAUUGGGGAAGCCUCCUCAGCCAGAAGUACAACUGGAUUUGCGAUGAGUUAAUGGGCGGGGGCGGCCUGCACACGAUGGGCACUUACAUCAUAGACUUGCUGACCCAUCUCACGAACCAAAAGGCCGAGAAGGUCCACGGGCUGCUGAAAACGUUCGUCAAGCAGAACUCGGCCAUCAGCGGCAUCCGCCACGUCACCAGCGAUGACUUCUGCUUCUUCCAGAUGCUGAUGACAGGAGGCAUCUGUAGCACAGUGACGCUGAACUUCAACAUGCCCGGGUCUUUCGUUCACGAGGUCAUGAUCGUAGGCUCCGCGGGACGUCUUAUUGCUCGCGGGAUGGACUUAUAUGGCCAGAAGAACGCAGCUCCCCAGGAAGAGCUGUUAUUUAAGGACUCCCUGAAUAUCCACGCCGAGCUUUCCGAGAAAGAAUUCGAAGACAUCCCUCUUCUGUACCUCAAAGGGAUGGUCUACCUGGUGCAAGCUCUCCGCCUUUCCUUCCAGGAUCAGGAAGACCAACGGACCUGGGAUCCCAAACCGGUAGCAGUGGCAGCUUCCUUUGAGGACGGUCUCUAUAUGCAAAGUGUCAUAGAUGCCAUUAAAAAAUCCAGCAGGUCUGGGGAAUGGGAAACGGUGGAGGAGAUGAUUGAGGAGCCUGAUACCAACCAGAACCUCUGUGAGGCGCUGCAGAGAAAUAACUUAUAACGCAGAUAUUCCUGCAAAGCGGAACAAUUGGAAGCAGAAAGGGCGGGUGGGUGGAUGGAAUGGAAGCAGGGAAAAAGAGGAAGGGUAUAUGUGUGUAAAAGGGGUAGCCUUUGGUUUUUAAUCUGGGAGAAUUUUAAACGUGGCAGAUGUACGUGUCUUUGGUUACUUAAAUUUAAUAACUCGUGUAUCGUUAGGAAGACUUGAAUUGCCAGUUGCACUCAGCGGACAAGAACUCUGCUCCCUGUGCCCUCCCCCCGCCCCAAAGCAAGAGCUUUUGGGGUGCAGAGCUCUCUUCCGCGCCCAGCUCACGUAUUAAUGCUAAGUUGAACAUCAUUGGCAUGUUGUGCUAGAGAAUGCCGAUGGUUGAUUUUAAAAUAGGAAUCGGGGUUAUUUUUUUUUUUUACAGCUCUUUGAGGUGGGGAAACAGCUUCCCCGAAGGAAUACAAGGAGGCGAAUCUUUAGAGCUGGUCCUUUAAGAGGAUUAGAAGGGACAGAUCCAGGUAUCUCUUUGUAGAGACGCAAGACUUUGCUACAAUUCAGGGAUAAGCCGGUAAAAAUCAUCAUGUUCAUUCCUUCCUAUAUAUAAGGAUUGGGUUUAGAGGGGUGAAGGCAGAGAGGAUUUAAAAUUAAGUUCCUUCCCUUGGAAAAAAAACACGCACAUCAAAAAAACCCCUGCUUUUUGCACAAACAGGGUGAACUUGGAAGGGACCGUCUCUUGUCUAAUGUGCAUCUUUUUCUUGAACGCUCUUGCUUUAUUUUAUCUGACAAAACACCCGAUGGGGAUGCGGUUGCCUGUUUGUGCAUCUCAGUGCUUCUUACCCUUGAUUGGCAUGAGGGUUGCCCAAGAUUGCCCUUUUCUUUCCAUCCAAUAUCCUCGCCUGCCUUUUUUUCCAUGCCCACCGAUGCCGAUUGCUUGGCAGUGCAAAAACCACGUCCCGUAGCCAGCCUUUGUUGGUGAGAAUUUUCGGCUGUUUAAACGAAGGAAGCAUUAAAACUGUCCGAAGGAAGGGAAGCUGAGCUUGGAAAACACAUCCAAGUUACUUUUAACUGUAAUCUGGUAGGGCUUGGCAUUUGUUGGAGACAAUCCAAGAUAAACAGCAGGUUAGUGAAUUGAAGCAAACUCUGGUUCCAUUGCCUUUCUCUCCCCCAUUUUUAUCUCUGGAGGAUCUCUGGAGGAGAUUUUAUUACCAGAACUCGAAGAAAAACAACCCCUAACUUUUUAAUGAAACAUCGUUUACUUGAAUGUUAUUUUAUUUUUCUUAUGUUGUUUCCCUACUGGGUUUUAAUCCUGUAAAUUAAGAUAAAGCAUUAACAAGCCUG